CUCCUCUUCCUUAAAUGCAAUGUGAUCAACUCCCUUUAAACCCUUUGGGGAUUAUCCGUUUUCAUCCUCAUCCUGCUUUGCAUUUCUAAAAAAAAAAGAUAAACACAAAAUGGUGAAGCAUGCACAGCUGGGUUUUGAAGGUUCUUUCAUUUUUUAUCUUGUUUUGGUUCUUUCUUUCCUUGUUAUCUCAACUAGGUGUCAAGAUGCAGAGGUAAUGGGAAUAUUGAAGAUCAUGAUUAAUGCCCCCAUUAGCUUCCAAUGGACAAACCCAGAUGUAUGCAAAUGGAGACAUGUUACGUGUGAUUCAUCUAAACGUGUGACAGCUAUUCAGAUUGGGAGCCAGAACCUACAAGGCUCUCUCCCUAAAGAGCUUGUCAAGUUAACAUCAUUGGAACGUUUUGAGUGCCAAUUCAAUAGUCUCACAGGGCCAUUCCCCUAUCUCUCAAAAUCCUUGCAAAAGUUGGUAAUCCAUGACAACAAGUUCAGCUUCAUUCCCAAUGAUUUCUUCAAAGGUAUGAGCCAUUUGCAAGAAGUGAGAAUUGAUGACAACCCUUUCUCUCAAUGGCACAUUCAUGACACUCUCAGGGAUUGUGUUGCACUCCAUACUUUCAGUGCACAAAGUGUUGGCCUUGUGGGCACCAUCCCAAACUUUUUUGGCAAAGAUGGUCCAUUUCCAGGUUUGGUUCUCUUGGCUUUAUCUGAUAAUUUUCUAGAAGGUGCAUUGCCUACAAGCCUAUCGGAUAGUUCAAUAGAGAACCUUUUGGUCAAUGGACAAAAUAGCUUAUCUAAACUUAAUGGCACCCUUGUUGUGUUACAAAACAUGAAGUCUUUGAGGCAAAUUUGGGCUAACGGAAAUUCAUUCACUGGUCCUAUACCAGACUUGUCACAUCAUGAUCAACUUUCUGAUGUGAAUUUAAGGGAUAACCAGUUAACUGGUGUAGUGCCACCCUCUUUAAUCUCUCUUCCAAGUUUGAAGUUUGUGAACUUAACCAAUAAUUUUCUUCAAGGAUCCUCUCCCAUUUUCAAAUAUGGGGUAGGAGUUGACAAUAGCAUGGAUAAAGGGAAAAACCAAUAUUGUACAGACGUGCCAGGGCAACCUUGUAGUCCGCUUGUAAAUUCUUUAUUAUCUAUUGUUGAGCCUAUGGGUUAUCCUCUUAAGUUUGCUCAAAAUUGGCAAGGAAAUGAUCCAUGUGCCAAUAAAUGGACAGGUAUAAUUUGCUCUGGGGGAAACAUUUCAGUUAUCAACUUUCAAAACAUGGGUUUGUCUGGCACUAUUUGUCCAUGUUUUGCCAAAUUUACAUCUGUGACAAAGUUGCUUCUUGCUAACAAUGGUUUCAUUGGUACCAUACCAAAUGAACUUACUAGUUUGCCUCUUUUGCAAGAGUUGGAUGUUUCCAAUAAUCAUUUAUAUGGCAAAGUGCCACUAUUUCGUAAAGAUGUGGUUCUUAAAUUAGCUGGGAAUCCUGAUAUUGGUAAGGAUAAACCAACUAGCUCAAGUUUCAUCAACAAUGGUAGCAAUCAUAAUACUACAAUAAUUAUUGGUAUUGUGGUAGUUGUUGUUAUUAUACUUAUUAGCGGGGUUUUAAUACUUGUUAAGUUCAAGAGAAAGUUGGAGCAUGUGAGGAAAACUCAAAAUCCACCUGUAAUUAUGGUACCUUCUCGCCGUUAUGGGGAUGGAACUACUAGUGCAUUAUUAAGUCCUAUGGGUAGUGUUUACCAGGUGGAAGAUCAUAACAUGUUAAUUUCAGUUCAAGUUUUGAGAAAUGUUACCAACAAUUUUAGUGAAAAAAACAUAUUGGGGAAAGGGGGGUUUGGCACUGUAUACAAAGGAGAGUUACAUGAUGGGACAAAGAUUGCAGUGAAAAGGAUGCAAUCAGCAGGAUUAGUGGAUGAGAAAGGAUUGAGUGAGUUUACAGCCGAAAUUGCAGUGCUUACUAAGGUUCGGCAUAUAAAUUUGGUUUCACUUUUGGGAUUUUGCUUGGAUGGAAGUGAAAGACUUCUUGUGUAUGAACACAUGCCUCAAGGUGCUUUAAGUAAACAUUUGAUUAAUUGGAAAAGUGAAGGGCUAAAACCACUUGAAUGGAAAACAAGGCUUGGUAUUGCCUUAGAUGUUGCUAGAGGUGUUGAAUAUCUUCAUGGUUUGGCACAACAAAUUUUUAUCCAUAGGGAUCUCAAACCAUCCAACAUCUUGCUUGGAGAUGAUAUGCGCGCCAAAGUAUCAGACUUUGGAUUAGUUCGACUUGCUCCUGAAGGAAAAACCUCGUUUCAAACUAAACUUGCAGGAACUUUUGGAUACAUGGCACCAGAGUACGCAGCCACUGGACGACUUACAACAAAGGUUGAUGUAUAUAGUUUUGGAGUGAUCCUUAUGGAGAUGAUAACUGGAAGGAAAGCACUUGAUGACAACCAACCAGAAGAGAACGUCCACCUUGUUACAUGGUUUCGUAAGAUGUUAUUGAACAAAAAUUCAUUUCAAACAACCAUUGACCCAACAAUUGAAGUUGAUGCGGAAACCUUAGUCAAUAUUAACAUUGUUGCUGAGUUAGCAGGGCAUUGUUGUGCGAGGGAGCCUUAUCAACGUCCUGAUAUGAGUCAUGUAGUCAAUGUGUUAUCACCUCUUGUUGAGGUGUGGAAGCCUUCAGAAACAAAUGUUGACGACAUAUAUGGAAUUGACUAUAAUAUGACAUUACCAGAAGCACUCCAAAGGUGGAAAGAUUUUGAAGGAAGUAGCACCACCCUAGAAUUAACAUCUCCUUCUUCAUCAGUGCUUCUUAAUGGAAACAACACAAAGUCAAGCACAUAAACUUACCUAUUUGUGGUUGCAAGUGCAUUUACAUCUUCGUAUGCACGAUCAUGCUAUAUAUACUUGUAUAUCAACUUUGACUUAAAUGUAAUGAC